AUGGAUUACCCGCAAGCCUUUAUCGAUGGAAAAAGGGUCCUGACUGGUACCGACAUUGUUGAAUGUCCCGAUGGACUCACCAGUGAAGCCUGUGGCCCUGAAAACGUGCGCGUUAUUCCUCUUCGAUGGGAUAAUACAGUGGAUGGCUCUGGGUCUGGGGGCAGUAUGCGAGAGCUUCGCCUUCACCCCGACAAUGUGCACAUCGGCUUUAGCUCUCUAUUUGCUACGGGAAAUGGCGUUUCCCAGUUUUCAUUCUUUGGAAGGAUCAGCUACAACCCGUCGCCUACCACUGGUGAGCCCCUCGCACCACGCUACGAUGUUAUCGACGUCAAUAUCUUGAACCAUGAACAGCGUUCGCGGGCUAUUACGACGGACCCAGAAGACCCGAAUCAGCUCAUCAUCAACUCUCAAUCGCUGACUGUGGGCGAACUUAGAGGAUUCAGCGGCUCCGGGAACGAGGUCACAUGGAUCGGAUACCCAGCUGAAUCGUGUAAUAUCGAUGUUUUCGCUGCCGACCUCGCUGGUGGGACCGUUCGUCGGUUGACAAGCCAUCCUGACUAUGUUGAUCCAGUGGACAUCUCACCCGACGACAAAUGGUCCGUUGUUAUGGAUACACGUGCAUCAGAGCGACAAAUGUUCCUCUCAGGCCUCAGAGGAGUUCCACCUAUCAUCGAUCUACUCGUUACAGCCGCGGUCGCUUCUGUGCGGAACAACGGCCAACGGCGCUUCUUCAAGCCGUGGCUCAUUGACCAAUACGGAGAUCGAGGAUCUUAUAUCGGGCAGCAACUAAAUGCCGCCGGCAGUGGUGUUCCUGGAAGCGGAGAUAUCAACGAUCCUGAAUGGAAUGGCAGAGCGGACCCCAAAUGGGCGAGAGACGGCACUCGCAUUGUUUACACCGAGGCUAUAACGGAGUCUCCAGCAUGUGGAGGAAAUAACCCCUUACCCUGUUAUGAGUCGACCGAAGCUGGUGGGCGGAACGAGCGCAUCAUGGUUGCGCCGCUCAUAGAUCGGGAGCCCUUCGACUUACCCGUCGUGGAUCCCAGACCAGACAUUAUCCCAUGGGGUACGCCAUUUCCUCCCGGGUCAUCAUUCCCCGAGCGAGAAGGAGUACUGCCAGGAAACUACACGCUGAGGGGAAAAGUGUCAGGAUGGGCCGAUGUGUCACUUGGAGGCGACAAAGAACGCGGCUUGAUCUCAUCGAUUUCGGUAAAAUACCACGACUUUUCCGAUGACGGGCUGAAUGUACUGGUUGGCUCGGAAAGCGUAUCCAAAGAGAACCCAACACCGUUCAUGGAGCAGUUGCAUUGGUUUUCCAACUUGAAGCAGACAGGGCCCAACAACGGAACCAAGAUGACGAGUCCGGAUGGAUUUCAUCUGUCUAUUGAUAUUCAGUACAACUUCUUCCAUGCUACGGGGAACUUGACGACUACGAUCAAUGGCAAGGAGUACCGUCAGCCAGCCAAUGAAACGUAG